GGGAGCGCAGCCGCGGAAAGGGAAGGUGCGCUCCCGACCCGCUCAUCCCAGCCCUUCCCGCACAGCCGGAGCUCGCCCUCCCGCACCCAUCCCGCGGCUCCAGCUCCGGGGGUUCCGAGCUCCCUUUUCCCCCCGACUGAAGCUGCAGCCGCUGUCCCCAUCCCCAUCCCGGCAGCUCCAUCCAGCAUUCCCUCCGGGGUGCGGAGAUGGGCGGCGGGGCAGGGCCAGCCCCGUCCCCCGAGCCCGGGGGGCAGCGGGCAGUCAGGUGGCCGGCCCCCAGGUCACCUCCCCGGAACGUGCUCGGACCUCCACGUUGUGUUUACACGGAGUGAGGUCCAAAAAGCCUUCCCGUACCAAAGCCGCCUUAUCGCCCGCUCCUCGGCCGCCCCCCGAGCCUAUAUAAGUGCGGCCACCGUCCGCCUCCGGGCGGGAGGGACGCGGGAGGCGACCCGAGACAGCCGGACCAUGCUGCUGAAGGCUGCGCUGCUCCUCUCGCUGCUGGCCGGCUGCCCAGGUGGGUGCGGGCACGGGGGCAGCAGGGCAGGGUGGGCGGCAGCACAAGCCCCGCUCCCGCCCGCAGUGUCCCCGGCCAAGCCGGCGCAGAGCGGCCUCUGGGAGUACCUGAGCCAGCUGACGGGUGACAAGGACAGCCUGGAGUACGGCCAGAGCAAGCUGGGCAGGGAUCUGACGAACCUGAAGGAGAGCAUUCAGGAUGGGGUCAGCUACAUGGGGGAUUUCCUGGAGAAGCUGUCGCCCCUCAACAGGGGCCUGCAGCCGCCGCUCUACGAGGACUCGGCCAGCCUGCGCAAGGCCAUCCGCAGGGAGCUGGACAGCCUCAGGGUGAAGCUGUCCCCGUACGUGGACGAGGUGCACCAGCAGGUCGGGAAGCACCUGGACGAGCUCCGGCAGCAGCUGCGGCCCUUCACGGAGGAGCUGCUGGAGCAGGCGUCCCUGCGGGCCCGGGAGCUCCGGCGGCACCUGAUGCCCAGCCGGGAGGUGACGGCGCAGCUCCUGGACGGCGCCGACGAGCUCCAGCGCUUCAUGGCUCCCUACGCCGACAAGAUCGCGUUCCACACGGACCAGGUGAAGGACAUCUUCCAGCCGUACACGGAGCGGCUGCUGACCGAGAUCCGCCGCAACGUGGAGGAGCUGCACCGCAGCGUGGCCCCGCACGCCCGCGCCAGCCCCGAGCAGCUCAACCAGCACAUCCAGGAGCUGUCGGCCAAGCUGACCCGCAACGCGCGGGACCUGCACCAGCAGAUCCAGAGGAGCCUGGAGCAGCUGAAGGCGAAGCUGAGCCCGUACCCCGGCAGGCUCGGGGCGCGGCCCCGCUCCCGGGAGGCGCUGGCGCGGGAGGUGCAGCGGCGCGUGGAGGAGUUCCGGCAGGACACGUACGCCCAGAUCCGCGCCUUCACCCGGGCGCUGGACCACGAGACGGAGGAGAUGCGGCUGAAGCUCAGCGCCCGCCCGGAGCCGCCCGAGGAGCCGCUGGACGCGUCGCCGCCGCCCCUGGAGGACCUGCGCGCCCGGCUGGACGCGCUGUGGCGGGACCUGGCGCUGAGCCUGAGCGAGCGCGGCGGGGAGGGCGGGGAGGCGCGGGUGGGCCCGGCCGGGGCGGCGGGGCCGGGGCGGCUCGGUGGCUGA